AUGCGAUAUUUGGCUCCGCCAUUGUGCCGUCCAUACCGUUUGCGUUGUCUCGUAUAUCGUGCUGUGCGUCUUUUUGGCAAUACCGCCGUAAAAUCGUGUGUAUACCGUCAAUAAAAGCCGACAAAAUAAGUAAAAUAUCAGUAAUAAUGGCGGACAGAUCGAGCAAUGGUGAAUAUAAGUAUCAGAGAGAAGACAGCAGCGAAAGUAACAAGCCGAGAAUACCGCUGGAAAAGGAACGUGAAGAGAAGGAUCACCAGGCCGACAAGGCUGGCGACUACGUCAGGGAACUCCUCCAGGAGAAAUUAGAAUUAGAUGGAUCCAAGUGGCCCAACGCGCAGCGAUUAAUUGAUCAGGAAAUUCAAAAGACUCAGGCCAUCGGUAAACCUCUGAGGGACCCGAAGUACGUUGAUAUUUAUAGAGAGAAACCGAUAAGGGUCGCUGUCAAGGUACUCGUACCGGUGCGCGAACAUCCAAAGCAGUUCAACUUUGUCGGGAAACUUCUGGGCCCCAAGGGUAACUCGAUGAAACGUCUACAGGAAGAAACAAUGUGCAAGAUGGCUGUUUUAGGACGUGGGUCUAUGAAGGACAGACAAAAGGAAGAGGAGUGUCGCCAGUCGUUGGAUCCGAAGUACGCUCACCUUUCCGAUGAUCUUCAUGUCGAAAUUGCCGCCUUGGCACCACCGGCGGAAGCUCAUGCUCGCAUCGCAUUCGCCCUUGCCGAGGUUCGAAAAUACUUGAUACCAGACAAUAACGACAAUAUUCGUCAGGAGCAAAUGCGGGAAAUGGAACUCAGCAUGGCCGACGAUCCGUCAGGAAGUGAAGAGAGAAGACCUUCGGCAAGAGGCGGCGGAAUCCUCAGGCCGAGCAGUCGCCCUUCGGUGCCUAGAUCAUCGAGGGGUGAGUUAGCCGCUAUUCUGCCGCCCCCAUCAAGUCGAGGGCCUGUAACACGCCCCGUUCCAGCGAAGACCAAAGUAUUCUCGAUUUUGGAUCGUGCAAGGGUUGCUAUGGACCAAGGUUACGGAACCUCUUCCCGUAGGUACGAAGCUCCCACGCCACCACCGAGCAGCCGAGUUGCUUCUCAUCACGACUAUGAUUAUCAUCCUUCUUCUUCUUCGAGCAGUCGAUACGCCGAUCGUCAUUACACUUCCUCAUCGACGGAUGAUUUAUAUCCUUCAUCGAGGUACACAACGUAUGAGUAUGAGGACGAUACUGUGCCACAUUCUUCGCAUGAUUAUUACGAAUCAUCGGAGUAUCCAGAGGAGUCAUCGAGCCGCGCGUGGAAAUCAUACAAGACCACCACCACAUCGAGCUCAAGCUCGCGCUACCGCACAGCUCCGUAUUCCCGUCCGUCCAAGUAAAAAUAUUGAAAAUAUCUUCAUCUCAAUACAGAUCCACCUUUCUUACCGUUCCCUUCAAUUCCGUUUUCCACUUUUCCGAAAGAUGAAAACUCUGUUACUUUCUGCCUACGUUCGCAGCCUUAUCGUUUUAUACAGAAAAAUAACAAGUGAUGAUAAAAGAAAGAAAAAUAAUAAUCUCUCAGACACGAGGAGACUACUCCGAUCGAUCUUCACACAAAUGGAAUAAAAUGAAAAGUUGAUAACAAAUAUAAGACAAAAAAGAAGAAAAAAAUCAACGUAUAAAAAUAACCAUUAAGUAACAAAACAAAAAAAACAACGAAAAAACCGCAUUGUUGUUGAUGACGUCGCGAUAUUUUCAUUUAAAAAUUAUCGAAAAUUAUUACAAUAAUUUUAAGCAAUUGAUAUACAGAUAUUUUCUGAUUUUAUUACAUAACAAGCAUGAAAAUGUGAAAUCGCGGGGAAACUUCUAUUUGUAAAUGCUCUAAUUUCACAUCGUUUCUUGUCGUUCCUUCUUUUUUUCCGUCUUUUUCUUACAAUAUAUUUUCAGACCGGAAAUGGAACACGUCAACAAGAGUCCGUUACUCCUGAUGGAUAAACCGGACAACCUAAUGACGAAAAUGUAAACGAGAGCAAAAAAAAAAAGAAAUGAAAUGAAAAUUUUAAACUAUCAUAGAAAAUUACUUCGUGAUCUAAUCAUCGUGUACAGCAGUUCUUCUCAGUCAUUUUUGUUUUAUUCUAUUUUUUCUUGCAACGUUAAAAUCAAACAGAAUACGUUUUAAUUUCUCUAAAAGCCGUAAACCCAAUCCUUAAUACCCUCUCCCGAAAUAUGGCGGUCCUGUGGAAGAUAACUAAUGACGAAGGGUAGAGGACGAAGAGGAUCCGUGGCGUAAAAUAAGUAAACACUUAGAUAAGAACAUUAGGGUCAUUUACUUGUUUAUAAUCUUUGUAAGGGUAAGAUAAUAACAAUGAUAAUCAUAAUCGAUAAUAUUAUACUCGAACAAAUGACGAAAUAUCUACUCUCCUCAUGUUUUAAUCAAAACUGGGCGAACAAUUCUCCAUUAAACUGAUAAUUGGCAACAAUUAAAAGAAAAAAAAAAACGCAAUCAAAAAUACCAUACGUUUCACUAAAAUGUACAGCACGGUACAUGUGAGCAAAAAAAAUGUAAACGUUAAUAAAUGAAAUAUUUGCAUAUAAAUAUGCAACUGAAUCGAAAAAAAAUUAAAAAAAAAUUUAUUCAACAUGAAUAAGUACUAGGAUUAAACGAACAAUUAUUAUACAUAUUUAAUUGUGGAGCUAUAGAGACAGCAGUAAUUAUUGUCCGUAAUAUAGAUAAGUAUUUAGAUACUUUAAAUGUCUUAAAAAUGAAGUAAAAGAAAAAAGAACGCAGGAAAAUAUUGCUGUGCGAAUAACGACCAACGUGUGACAGAUACCUUUGUGAAAACAAAAAAGAAAAAAUGUAAUUAUUAUAACGACGACUUAUAGGCAUAAACAUUUUAUCAACUAUCUCAUUAGAAACCAUUAAAUACUUGACUAUUAAUAAACCACAAACGUGUAAGACGAGAAAAAAAAAUGAAAACAAAAAAAGCAAACGAAACACGUAUUCUACAAUGUAAUUGUCAUAAAGAGAAAAAUACAAAUAAAAAUAAUAAAAACCCAA